AUGGUUCAAACACCCACCCAGCGCAAAGCCAACCUCAAGUUCGCCGCGGUAAACGAGAGCAAGCAAGGCAAAUCAGAAGCUCAAUUACAGAAGAAGGAGCUGAAGAAACAAAAGAGUCCUAUUGAGAUUGAGGGAGGAGAAGGAGAAGGAGAUAGUGAGGGGAAAGAGAAAUGGCAGAUACAUCAUGUACUUGCAACCGAACAAGACACAGAAAAGGGGAAAGAUCAUUCACCUACCUGGGUGUAUAGGAGGGGGGGGAAGCGAAAAAGGCAGAUCGACACAAUCAUGACCGACAGGAAUGGCUUUUCACAGUGCAAUGCAAUGCGACGCUCAACCAAGGAGAACUAG